AUGUCUACCUCAAACAUGCGAUCAAUCAACCAUGUCGGCGUGUCCGUCCCGGACAUUGAAGCAGUAGUGAAAUGGUACAGCGAAAUCAUGGGCUUUGUCCUCGUAAAUGGCAAAAUCAAGCACAUCAAGCGCUCCGAGACCCCGGACGCGGGAAUUUUUAAGAUUUAUCCAGACUCUUUGCAGGAGGUCAAGCUAGGAUUCAUGGCGACUGGCAACGGUGUCGGGUUUGAAGUUUUUGAGUUCGUCGACCCGGCUUACAAGAAGGCCGAAGACUUCGCUUACAACGUGGGCGGCUUCUUUCACUUGUGCGUGACGGAUGCUGAACCAGAGGCUCUGCUGGCUCGGGCUAUACAAGCCGGGGCCAGCAAGAUUGGGGAACCGACACUGAAUCCGCUGAGCGGCUCGAGGUGUCUGUACUUUAGAGAUCCUUGGGGCAACGUGUUGGAGAUUUUGGAUAUGAGCUUUGACAGGAUGAGUGCGCUGGAUGCAGUUUGA